UUUCAAGAUUUCUGUCGCUGGUUCAGUGUGCUCUCCAUCCCGCGGUAAAUCAUUGGAUCUGAACCUCAAGCUUCGUGUUUCUAUUUUUUAAGAAACAAGAAAAAGAUACACAUCGAUAAGUCUGCGGGUGCUGGACGCAUGGGCAGCAGAACUACAAGUAUGCCUUGCUGAACCACGACAAUUCCAAGAAUGGAACGCACCGUGAAAAAUGAUUUCACGGGUGGCGGAUCAAGAUCAUCACUACUUUGGAUUUUCUUUUUUUCAUCAUUAUCCGCUAUCCUCCGCGAUGAAGAGCAGGUUCUUGUCCAUCCAGCCGUCGCCACCCGAGCCCCGCCACUCUUACCGGAUGUGCUGACCCCCGACACACCCGUGCGGGUGGAGCUAAGCCCGGGCGACAGUGCGCAGUUGCACUUCAGGUGUCUGGGCGCACCCGCCGACGCGGAAAUCUCGCUGGAAACCUUCGAAGAGAACGCCGACCCGGUACUGGUGCUGGUCGACCCCAAUGCGCCCGCGGAACGCCUCUCCCAGGGGCUCGCUACCUCGUUUCAGGACUGGCUCGACGACAGCUCGCACGCGCACCGCGUGCGCGCCAAAAAUGUGCCGUCUGCGGGGGCAAGGGUGCUGCUCGCGAAUGUGAACCAGAUGGCUGCAGUAUCCACUCUCGGAGCAAAGGCUAAAUACGUCUUCACCCGCGCACGACCAUAUUGAUGAUUCCUUUCAUGCCAGCGAAGUACCCGAUUUAUCACGUCACGAGGUAAGAAUAUAAACUUGUGUGAAGUUUUUGUGAUGUGGCAGCUUUAUUAUUGGAUGUACUUCAUGAAGAUAAACAUAAAGCCAGCCGGUGGCGGUACACUCUCAAUCGCAUCAUCUCGUCACGGCGCUGAGGACGAUGAAGGGAUGAAGAUAGCAGUACAAUGACAACUCGACGCCUCGUGCGUGUGGUCGUGGAGACGUGCUUUUUCCCCGGAACAUGCCGAAGUGCUGGACGCGGAAGUUCGCAUUCGUUGCUCCUACCUAUGCGUUGCAAAAGUAUCGCACUAACGUGCUGGAUAAAACUUGCAUAAUUUUAAUUACGUAGAAUUACGAAUCUCAAUCUUUUUUGACGAGACCAAAACAAAAUUUUUUCAACGUGCUGCGGAUUCCGAAAAAAUUACGCCAUUUCUCUCAUAUGUGCAUGCUUGCAAUCUUCAGUACUGCGACUGCGAUCAUCUUUUACACGUGAAGCUACCUCCUCGCGUACGACUUUCUGUUCUGGAAUCACCUGCAAUCCGACAAACUCUGCCCCGCCGGAAGAAGUACAACACGGUCUGGAGCUGCGAGUAGAACAAGCUUCUCGAGAGCAUCUGCUGGAGAAGGCGGCGUUGCUAGUACUGCAGCCGCAGGGUGGAAAACAGAUGCUGAUUAUGGCGUCGUCCUCAGUGCAGCGGAAGGAUCUCCCGCCGUUGGAUCCCCCCCGACCAGUUCCUUUUGUUCGAACCAGGGCACCUGCGAGGAAGAUGGCAUCUGCCGCUGCGACGCUGCGCACACGGGCCUGGCGUGCGAACACGAGAAGCACGACUUGCUUCUCGCGAAGGGGGUGUACCCGAUCGACAACCUGUGGUCGGGGCAGUACCGCUACUUUCGCAUCCGCCUGCCGGAACGGUACCGCGGGGGCUAUCUCGACGUCCACGUGAAGUCCACCUACCCAAUCGCGGUUCUGUACAGCACGGAGAAAUUUCCCACCAAGGCGGAAUUUCAGGACAGCAACUUCGCGGAGUGGCUAAUGCGCAAAAACGUGCAACAUCUCCGAUUCGCCAUCCCGCCCAGCUUCGACGCGAGUGAGGAAACGAACAACGGGCCUUUCACACAUGACAUCAAGGAUUUUGAUCAUCAUGAUACCGCUCCUGACGGUGACGAGCGGCCUUCUGUCGAUAGCUCGGUCAUGAUGCAGUGCCCUUCGGAACUGGAUUUCGUGGACGAGAAGACGGGCGGUCGGGAGAUGUGUCCGGGUAUUAGAAUGAAGACCAGAUUUUCAACCGCUAUCAAACACUCCGUUUUACUCCUGCAUGUUUUUUUUUGCUUGUGAUGCAUGACAUUUUUCAUCCGUAAUAUUCGUCCGAGAAGAGAAGAGAUUCGUUUCAGGACUCAGGCCGAAAAGAAAAUUUCGGAUGCUCUUGAAAUGGAGUAAAUUCGACAAGCGCCGUGGCACUACCGCCGCAAACAGAAGAAGAAGGAUGAGUCAGCCUCCCUCAUGCUCCGACUUACAUUUUUUGUAAAGCCCCCCUGGAUCAUCUUGAUCCUCAUGAGCGAAAGCGGUUCCUUUUAUUUCUGUUCUUCUUCCAUACCGCAUCCGUUCGGAAAAGUCAAGUACUGCGAGGACGAAUGCAUGAAGUGCGUGCAGUGCAACGCCGAGGUACCCAGCAGCGCAGCGGGACUAGGUGGACAGGAACCUGCCCUGCCGGGUUCGACACGGUCGAGCGCGCCAGACCUGGGCAGUGAAAGCAGCGCAGAGGAUGAGGCCUUGGACCAGCACGCGCCGUACGACCGGACGGCAGGGGACACCGCACUGCGAGGCAGGCAAAGGCGAGCGGUCCUCAGGGACCUCCUCAUUCGCCGUCGCAGUGGUCGGGGCUUGCGGGGAGAAGGAGGAGGACAGCGACAAGAUGAAUUCAAUGCACCGUUCUCCUCAUCCGCCGCCCCCACUUGCGGCUCCCCAGCCAACAACAAGGCCUGUGCCAUGUGCAUCGAGUGCGUGCCAGUGCUGCAGAAGUGCGGGAAGAACCUCAGCUGCCGAGACGACACGAUCUCGCGUUCCUGCUCCCAGAAUUGCGCCACGUGCAGCACGGAGUGCGCGGUGGCGAACGAGCGAGAAUGCGAGCAGUGCGGCUGCUGCAAGAAGUGCCUGCCCUGGGGCAUGGUGUGCGCCGGCACGCCGCUGGAAAGCGCCACGGUGGCGGUGCCGGAGGAAUAUGCGUACUUGGCUGUGUACAAUCACAGAUUGUACUACAGUGACCUGGGACCGAGCGCGCGACUCGAAAUCGGGAUCGAGGUGGUGGAAGACGUGGACUGGCUGCGCAUGUUCAACGACAAGUCGACCGCGUCUUCUCGUAGUCGCACGGUCGUGUCGAGUGUCAUGAAGGAGGACCUCCUAAGCGGUGAUCAACAAGGCGCCAAUAACGGCCGCACCGACGGCGCAGAAUGGCUCUCGAGACUGUACAACCCGUUCGAGUCUAUCUCGCAGCUGGAACAUGUACACCAGCAGUACGCGGGUGAUUUCGUGUAUGACAUCACAAUCGGCACUGACGGGGGCGGCGGUGGAGAGAACAUGGCAAGAACUACGGAACAGGGAGGAAAUUCUGUCGAAAACGAUGAAGCCGCAUCUUCCCUGUCCUCGCAGGAGUCUCGCUCUUCCUCCGCAUCAUCUGCUGUGAUUCCCGCGGUGGAAACUCAAGCUGGAGCAUCUUGGUAUCAAACAACGAAUAGCAGAACCGGCGGCACGGACGUGAACGUGUACCGGGAUCGCGUCACCCUGAUCCGCCUCCACAACCGAGACGAGCGCUCCGGGGUGAAAGUCAGCUUUCUGGACAGCGACCCGGGCAAGGAGCUCAUCCUGCUCUUCUCGAACCAGGCGGCGCCCAAAACGUUGUUUGACUUCACGUUUGCGGCCGGAGCGGACUCGGCGUUCCCGGAGUCCGCCUUUGGUGGGUCGGACGCCGCCAGCUACAAUCCCGACGAGGCGUCUUUCUUCACCCCGCCGGAUUCCGCAGAGGAUUUUGCGCAGAAACCGUUGCUGCAAAAGCAGCCCUUUGUCCUGCCCGCCGGGGGGCGGAAACAGGUUUGGUGUGCGAUUUUUUCGCGGAGGAACGGGGCGAUCCGGAUGUUCUUUGAGGGCACGGAGUACGUGGACCCGGGAAAAGAGUCGACGGUUGCGAGUGUCAUCUCGCUGCUUCUCAGCAUCACCUUCUGCGUCGGGUUUUUCCACUUACUGCGGCAAACCAACUCCGUGCGCUCGUUUCUGGGCGAGGUCAGACUACGGGAAAGUACAAUGAUACAACAAGGAGCAGGCGGCCCGCUGCACUUCCCAGAAUCUGUAUCUGGCCAGCAGCUGCUCGGAGGCAGCAGCAGCAGCAGCAAUUCUCGUAGUUUCGCUACUACUACAAACACCCCCGGUGAGCAGGGCGGAACUUCGACCAACAUGUUUUUGGAUUUGUUUUCGGAACAACGCGGUCGGUCGUCCACUUUUCUAUCUGGCAUCCUUGCCAGCGGCGCGGCCGGCAGCUCUCCUGGCGCUGGGGCGGAUGAGCAGCCUCUAGUGGCGGAGGCACGACAACCAGUGCGAAACGGAAAGAGAUCGGAAGCGACCCGACGAGAACGGAAUAUCAAGAGCAGUGGCUCGUCGUCGUCCGCGUCAAGCACAAUGUGUGAGGACGAGGCAGCGACGUCGAAUUUUUCGUCGCAUCGAAAUGACCGAUUUGAAGCAGGGCAGGACCAAGGGACGAUGAACUCCUCAGAAGACGAGAACUUCACGCAUGAGUUUGCGGAUCCGCUGGAGGGCGCCUCGCCGUCCGACGCGGGACCUUUGUUUCAAACCCGAACCAACGCGAAUUCAAACGUGUUUCCCCGGAUCGUCUCCUUCACUACCGAUCCCAUCGCGGCGACUCGGGCGCUGCUUCUUGCCGGCCCGGACGCCGGGUUCGUAUCCAGGAAAAAAACUGUGUCGGUGUAGAGCUGGCAGCACGAGAUGAAUUUUGAUCUGUAAGUAUGACAGAGGCCUUGUCAUGCAUGGCUAGUAUGUUGUGGAAGCUCAUAACGAAAAGAUAAGAUUAAGAUGACUUCUUGGCUAUCCGCCAUGACGAGUGUAACCGUUUUGCUUUUUAUUUUGCGGCACAAUCAUGUAGAUCUAGAUUUACACUAAAGAAGUAACACGGCAUUUUCCUUACGAUACUUUGGGAGCUAUGAAUAUUAUGCGGCGGAACAGCAACAGAUGGAACAGGAGAUGCAACAGCAUAUGAGACGAGUGCACAACUCCCGCUCGCCCACGUUUCUUAUUUGUCAUGCAAAAAGAAAAACCCAAAUGCUCUUCCUGCCUUGUGGCCGCACUGCGUGCAUGUCGAAUUCCGGAAGCCCAAACAGGAGUACCACGCUCGGCGCAUGGCCUUCUCAUGCUUUGGAUCCACGUGCAGUGGUUUUGGUAGGUAUUGCUGUUCCUGUCCUACAAAUGACAAUGAGGGGGAGCAGGGGGCGUCGUCUUGCACUCUCAUACAGCAAGCGAGCGCAACACAGACGUUGAUCCAGCAGAUGACAAACUUGUGGAAUCGUGGAUCUACAAGUUUGCUGGGAGAUGCUGGUGGAAUAGAGACGGAGUCAGGAUUUUCCGGUUCGGGCCAACGUCUGCGGAUGAUAUGCACCGCAAAAGCAGUGUACUCUACUCGUGGUCGUACUUCUAAUCGCAAUCACGCAUGACAAAUCUGCUUAUGGUUUCCUACUUGAAUCCGUAUCACAAAUUGUAUAUUGAAAUUCAUUUUUUUUCGAGAAAGUUUGUCGUGCGAUUUAUACUUUUCAACAAACUAGAAAUGCGAUGCUGCUUUUGCGAUGCAUAGAUGUGGUCUACUCCCGCAGAAGAUUUCUUUCCUGACCAGGAGCGGGAGGACGAAGAAGACUACGCAUCAAAUGACACUGGAGAAAAAGAUAUGAAGACUAACGAUCCUGAUGAACUUCUCGAAGGCCGCACGGGUGCUGAGGACGAGGAGGUUGGAGCAGAGAAGACGAGGAUGAGAGAAGCAGUGUCAUCUUCAACCUCAGGAAACAAUGAGAUUAACCUUGCUGAACAAAAAACCGGAGAUCCUGUUCCUGGCAUCAAUAAUUCUAGCGGUUCUUCCUGCGCCAGCUCGGGUUCGGAGGACCACGUACUCAUUGCCACGCCUGCAGUUACUGUCCAGAAUUUGAGUUCCUCCUCCUGCGAAUCGCUGAUCGACGAACACCAGAGCGCGGAGGAUGAAAAACAGACAGCAAUUCGCAGAGCCGCCACCGAUGAAAUAAUUGGCGGUAUCUGACGAUAAAGGCGAAGUGGGUUCUGUAUACGAGCAGAAGGAUCAAACACCACCAUGAAAUCAACCUGGAACAAGAAGAACAAAAAUAGAUGCGCGGGUCGUGAAUCAGAGUCAGAGAGCUAGAGAUAGUUGCUUAUAUCUUGCUUCACAACUGCGACUGCUUCACGAUUUUUGUUUGUCGCAGUCGCGAUUGCCCCCGUCGCGAGCGCCCACGACCAGACGUGUCGUCUGUUGUAC